CAAGCAAUGUCUUAUUCCAUGCUACCAUGACUCCCAAAAUUUUAGAUUUUGGCAUGGCCAGGAUAUUUGGAGGAGAUCAAACAGAAGGUGAUACUAAACGUGUAGGUGGAACAUACGGUUACAUGUCGCCGGAGUACGCAAUGCAUGGACACUUCUCGAUGAAAUCCGAUGUUUAUAGCUUUGGAGUCCUGUUAUUAGAGAUCAUCACUGACAAAAAGAACAGCAAUUAUUUUGCUGAUAGUCCGUCUUUGAAUCUGGUCGGACAUGUUUGGGAGCUCUGGAAUGAAGACAGAGCCAUGGAAGUUGUUGACUCGGCAUUAGGCGAUUCAUAUUCUACUGAUGACAUUCUUAAAUACAUUCAAAUUGGGCUGCUGUGCGUUCAAGAACAUGCAACACAUCGACCAACUAUGGCCACAGUCAUUUCUAUGUUUAGUAACGAAACGACUCUUCCGUCCCCGAAUCAACCUGCAUUUAUAGAGAAGAGAGUUAAGAAAGGGGAUGAAAGAUCGAGUAGUACUGAAGGAACCAACUCCAUAAAUGGUGUGACAGUCACUAUGAUUCAAGCUCGCUAAACAUGUUAUAAU